GGGGCACAUUUUCAUUUUUACGUCUUGUGCGAAACAACUAAGAACGCUGGUGAACAACUUUCGGAAGUGAAAUCCCCGAGACAAAUUACUAAACAAUAUGAUGGCUUUGAAGGUUCUGCAAGCAAUUCAAGUAUUAAUGAUAAUCUGCGUGCUUUGCGACGCUUAUCCAACGAUAUACGGUACGAAACGCUACGGCCGUGCACCCUCACAACGCAAUUCAUGGACUUCAACAGGUCAACCUGCUCAAGCUCAGCAUUACCAACAAAUGCUACCAUCUCAAAGAUACCCAAUGAACUACUAUGACCUAUACCCAUACAACCAGAACUACGACGAUUACUAUUAUCCUCAUGAAUCUUAUUCUUCGUACCCGGUCUACUAUCCGAGAACAUCGAAAUACGAAGUUUAUCAAGCCGUACUGCCGUACUAUUACGAUAGGCCCUUGAUGAGAUCCGGAUUCUAUUAUGGUUACGACGAUGCCGUUAAUCCUGUUGACGAUUUGGAGGAGGAGAUGAUCCAAGAAAACGAAAGAGAACAGCGCGAGGACGCUCAACCCAUUGGGCACGAAAUGUAUUACGAGAAUGACGACACCAGCAACUACAACGACGUCAACGCCGCAUUCCUGCAGAGUCUGAUCAUGUCGCAGAUGUACAAAGACUCGUUAGAUUACAACAGAAAUUACAAAGACUCAUCAGAUUACAACAGAAAUUACAACAACGACGAUGAAGUAUACGGAAAGUUGGACGAGUAUCCGCCCAACAACAACAACAAUAACAGGGAAGAUGAAGAAGUCGAGGAGCUGAAGCAAUUAGCGAAACCUUAUCGCGAGGAUAAAUUGGCAGAGGAGAGGCAGCGUUGGUUCCAGAGAGGCAACAAGAAACAACGUAAACACAACGAUAAGAGAAACUUCGGCAAUGUACCAUUCACCGAUCGCAAGGGCGUUAUGACGUCAACGGAAUCGACCAGCAGCACUACGACGUUCGCUCCCCCCAAGCGUGACGCAAGAGGACAAAAAGAAGAGGUCCUUUUGAGACCGGCGACUCCCAUCAAACACGCAUUCACCAAAUCCAUAAACAAUAUGAUGAAGUCGAACAAGAAGGACCGUCAGAGAACUCCUUCCGUAUACGACACCAUCAAGCAUAUGUUGGAUAUGGAGAAGACCCUCGAAGCGGAGGACGUGAAGCCGACGAUGCGUAAACGCAUCAUCUCCAGCGAGGACAGCUUGACUCAUCAGUUGUCUGUACUCAAAAAGCAGAAGUAAGUUAUUAGCGGCUGAAGAACAUAACAUUUAACACACAAAAAAAAAUCAUCCCUUUCCGGAAGAUUACCUAGAGCUCUAUGUCAUUGAUUUUAAGACUGAUUGAUAUAUAAAUAUAGUAUUAGCAAUUUCUUCUGUAUUGCACCACGUAUUAGGAAGAACGCGUCGUCACUUCUUUGUUAUUUGAAUUGUAUUUUCGUCAGUGCCGUCUGGAACUAUCCAUGAAAAAGAGCGGAUGGAACCAGAUGAUGAUGCCUGUUGUAUAUAAGGGAAUCAGACACGUGGACGAGACUUAAUUUAUUAAAAUAUAUAUACUAAAGGAAACAUAUUUAUAUAGA